AUGACGGAUAAAGAUAACGUGGCAGUGGCAACGCCGGAGGAUCCAACUCGUCCCUACGUGUGUACUGUUUGUAACAAGGCCUUCCACAGACUGGAACAUCAGACCCGACACAUGAGAAUUCACACAGGCGAGAAGCCUUUCCAGUGUACUUUUUGUUCGAAGAAGUUUAGCAGAUCUGACGAGCUCACAAGACACACGCGGAUUCACUCGAACACCAGAGUGAGAAAGAGUGGUAAGUCAUCGCAGUACCAAGUGGUCAAUCAGCCAGUGACUUACUAUGUCCAACCUAUGGCACAGGCUAUGCAACAACAGCCACCACCACCACCACCACCACUACAACCACAACCACAGCAACAACAAUUUCUACCACAGUCACAACCACAACCAACAAUACCAACAGCACAGCAGAUUAGCGCUCCUCAGCAGCUGCCAUUCUCUUCAUCAUCCUCACAAUUACAGUCCCCACAGAGUGGAUACUUCACACCAGUGGGCACGUUACCACAACAAGGCCAAUUUGCUGUUCCACCACCCUCACUGUUCCAAGGCGCUAACAAGCAGGUGAUAUUACCAAACAUCCAAUCUCCACCAAAGAUUUUGAAGUCGACUUCAUCCACGUCGUUUCAAACAUCCUCGUUGUUUUCAUCUCCAAACAACUCUUCUACCAAUCUGAGUGCCUUGUCUUCAAAGUCAAACUCUUCAACUUCGCUCUACUCAUUGGGCCAUCAACAGCACAAUCCCUUGAACGCACUGUCUAAUUUGAAACGUAUGACUCCAAUAGUGGCGCCUGUGGGCCAAGUUCCAUCCUCUUUAAGAACUUCUCACUCUUUGACGACACUCUCCUCUCUACAAGAUUGUUCAAUGACAACAAUGGACCACAUUCACAAGAAAUCAAGACCAAAUUCACCACCGAUGUUCCAUCUACAAGAGACUCCAUUGUCUACACCUUUACAGAGUCCAAAGUUAAGUGCUGCAACACCUCAGGUUACACUUCCAAGUAUUAGAAGUUUAGACUUGCCAGGCGUGGACCAUAGGGGCUGA